GCGGCGCGAUGGCGGCGCCUGCUGGAGAGGCGGGGGGCGAGCUGGAGCUGCAGGCGGCCAUCGGCUUCAACGGUCAUAUACUUUCUGGUCUCAUUUGUCACCCUGAUAAGGAGCAUCUUCUUUAUCCUCUGGGAUGUACUGUAGUUAUUCAAGACAUGACCAACAGCAAGCAGAGCUUUUUGCAUGGCCACACCAACAACGUCUCCUGCGUGGUCGUGUCGAAGAGCGGAAUGUUUGUUGCCUCUGGACAAGUCACCUUCAUGGGCUUCAAGGCAGACAUCAUCUUGUGGGAUUUUAAGAAGGAGGAGCUACUUGCUCGGCUGUCACUUCAUAAGGGUAGAAUUGAAGGAUUAGCGUUUUCUCCGAAUGACCUUUAUCUUGUGUCACUGGGAGGCCAGGAUGAUGGCAGUGUGGUUGUAUGGAGCAUUCCUAAGAGAGAGGCUGUGUGCGGCAGCCCUGCUUCAGCUCGGAGCUCUGGGAAUGCUAUGGUGCUGGUGUUCUCCAGAUGCAGAGAUGAGAUGUUUGUUACUGCUGGAAAUGGGACCAUUCGAGUAUGGGAACUGGAUCUAAAAAACAGAAAAAUCCGACCAACUGAAUGCCAAACAGGGCAACUGAAAAGAGUGAUCACAUGUGUUAAGAUGGCAGAUGACGAUAGUUAUUUCUAUGUUGGCACAUCAAGUGGUGAUGUCCUGAAAUUGAAUACAAACAACAAGCUGAUGAGCAACUAUGGGCCUCAGAAGGAGAAGUUCAGCAUGGGAGUCACAGCUUUGCUUUUGCUGAAGACAGGAGAUUUAAUAGUCGGCACCGGAGGAGGGAUUGUAGCUCUCUGUAAAGGCUCAAACUACAAAGUAAUGAAGAAGAUUCAAGUUCAAGGUACCGUCACUUCCCUGACACGCAGAGGCCAGGGUCACCAGUUCUUUGCAGGAACCAACGAGUCCCAGAUCUAUCGAAUUAAUUACACAGAGUUUAAAGAGGAGCUGAUUGCUGCCUGUCAUAACGAAGCCAUCCAUGACAUCGUUUUUCCUUUGGGGACUUCUGACUUGUUUGCUACCUGCUCCAAAAACGAUAUUCGGGUAUGGCACACUCCUGAAAACAGGGAGCUCCUCCGAAUCGUCAUCCCUAACAUGACCUGCCGUGCCAUAGAGUUUAUGAGUGACGGCAGGAGCAUCAUUUCAGCUUGGAAUGACGGGAAAAUUCGUGCCUUCAUGCCAGAAACCGGACGGCUGAUGUAUGUGAUUGACCAUGCCCAUAGCUUGGGAGUAACAGCAAUUGCAGCUACAAGUAACUGUAGACGGAUCAUUAGUGGAGGAGGUGAAGGGCAGGUGAGGGUCUGGGAGAUUGGUGAGAGAACUCGCAAACUGGAGGAAGUUCUGAAGGAACACAUAUCUGCCGUGUCUUGUAUUAAGAUCAAGAAGAAUGACCGAGAAUGCGUCACAGCCAGCCUUGAUGGAACAUGUAUUAUCUGGGAUAUUGUGCGUUUCACAAGAAAUCAGAUGAUUCUGGCCAACACAUUAUUCCAAUGUGUGUGUUACCAUCCUGAAGAAUACCAGAUAAUCACCAGUGGAACAGAUAGAAGGAUUGGAUACUGGGAAGUGUUUGAUGGUUCUGCAAUCAGGGAACUGGAAGGCUCUGCAUCUGGUUCCAUCAAUGGGAUGGACAUCACAUCAGAUGGGACUUACUUUGUCACAGGAGGUGAUGACCAUCUGGUGAAAAUGUGGGACUAUAAUGAGGGUGAGGUGACUCAUGUUGGAGUGGGCCACAGUGGCAGCAUCACCCGCCUCAAGAUCUGUCCUGGGAACAAGUACAUUGUGAGUGUGAGUGCAGAUGGUGCCAUCCUGCGCUGGAAAUACCCAUACUUUCGCUAACAGCUGGCACAGGAACUGCUAGGCUGCUAUUUUCUAGGCCAGAUUUAACAGUUCUUUUCUUUUAUAGCUGAGGUUGUUUUAAGGCAUUCCUACUAUUAGAGGAGAUACUAUUUUUAUACUCUCUGCUAUGAAUUUACCGGAUCCUUCAGAUAUCCUUUCUAACACUGAAUAACUAGGUCUGACUUUUCAGAGGGGCUAAGAAUUUGCUGUUCCUCUUUCUCAGAUUGGAGUGAAAGUAUUCGUCACUUCUGAAAAUCUUCACUGUUUUUAUAGUAGUUGUGGUUUGUUACUGCCACCUUUUCAUAGUGUCUCCUCGAGUAUUCUUACUUGUAUGUGUGCUCACUUGUGUGCUCUCUCUGGUUUUCAUACACUUUCUCUCUCUUUCUCUUCCCUACCCCCUUCUGUCCCUUCCUUUAAUGAAUUACUUCUUGUGUAAAUUCAGUCUUCUGUGUUCAUUUUAAUUUGUCUGGACCUGAUUAUGGGAAAAGCCCUGAGCUCCAACUCAAACAUUUAACUAGGAAGUCCACAUGAGUCAAGCUUUCAAAUCAACAUUUUCUAAAGCAUACAAGGAUUUAGGGGCUUCCUCAUUUGUGGUGUCCAUGACUCUGUGCAGAGGCCUGAUUCAAGAGUGAGAGUGCAGUCCUUUCUAAAAAAAAGUCUGGAUGUCUCCAUCUGGACACACUAAAACUCCUAGUCAUCGGACCUAGUUUUUGAAAGGUAAUUGUAUUAGAACACUUGGGCUUAGAGCUCCGAACAUAAGUAGGAAAUAUGUAUUUUGUCUGAGAAUGAGUAUUUGGUAUCGUAUCUAGUAUUAGAAAUGAGCUCUUGAGAUACUGUUUGUUUAA